AUGAAGAAUCAGAGCCAAGGGCUUAGAAACCAAGAUGGCAGAGAUUCACAGCUGAGACUAGUCUUAGUGGGUAAGACUGGAGGAGGGAAAAGUGCCACAGGCAACAGUAUCCUUGGAGAGAAAGUGUUUCAUUCCAGCAUUGCGGCAACAUCUGCCACCAAGACCUGUAAGAAACGGAAGAGCAGGUGGCAGGGAAGAAAAAUUGUGGUCGUGGAUACGCCUGGCAUUUUCGACAUCGAGGCACAGGAUGCUGACACCUGCAAGGAGAUUUCUCACUGCAUCUUCCUGACCUCCCCAGGGCCUCAUGCUCUGCUCCUGGUGGUCCCACUGGGCCGGUACACGAAGGAAGGGCAAAAGGCCACGGAGAAGAUCCUGCAAAUGUUUGGACUC